AUGGCCGUCGUGGAGCGUGGCAUGCCGCGUGAUCCGUACUGGGACUAUGAGCAUGAUAUAAAGCAGGCGCUGAGCCAUGCAGAAAAGCUAUCCAGAGAGGCCCCUUUUGAUGCAAGUGUGCGGACGCCGCUGGGAAACACACUCGAUGAGCUGAGGCAGGACCUGAGUGACGUCAAAGAGACGGUGCGCAUCGUCGAGCAGAGUGAUGCCAAUCGCUUUGGCAUUGAUGCCCGUGAGCUAGAUCGACGGAAAGAGUUUAUAUCAAAGAGUGAACAGGCGCUACAGCGCUUGUCUAGUGCGAGCGUGGCAUCGGAUACCCCAGCCUCGACUUCUUUGGCAUGGGAACGCGAGCAGCAGCAAAUGCUCCUGGCGAAUCAGGACCAGGCACUGGAUACCAUUGGAUCAUCGCUGUCGACGCUGCGGUCGCAAGCACAUCUGAUCGGGCAAGAAACUGAUGAGCAUGUCCUUAUGCUGGGCGAGCUGGACGCGGAUGUGGACCGAGCACAGACGCGACUCCAGCGGGCCAUGACACAGAUGGACCGUUUCGUCGCCCGUGCCGAUGCUCGUGUGGGCGGAUGGUGCGUCUGGAUCUUGGUGGCGGUAUUGCUGCUAUUGCUAUUGCUGGUAUUCAUCAUGUAA